AUGAACCCUCAAGCCCACCAAAUCAACGACUCCCAAACCACCUCUCCACUCAAACGGCUCCAGGCUCAACUCACAACUUCGAGAGACCGUCGUCAACCAAAUCACGAAACUCAAGCAGAUCUACAUAAACUACCAUUGAACAACCAGCAAGACGAUUAUGGUGCUGAAGAUGCCUCUACUUACCUGUACGAGUCGUCAGAAUGGUCUGAAUUUGACUUGGCUAAGCGCGAUAGCAUGGUUUCGGUGAAAAGUACUGGACGUCUUCUUGAUAAGCUUGGACUAGAUGAUGACGAUUUCGUUAGUGGAAAGUUCUCUCAGCCAGAAAGAAGGCGGUCCAAGCCGCUCAGCAGGGGUAUCUCGUUGCUGCGAGCUCCAAUUCCCUUUCAAAGUGGACUGCAAGAUUCGAAACCGGUGCGCCAACCUUCGGUCAAAGAUGUUCAACUCAAAGCAAUAUUCAACAAAAAUCGUUCUGUCGACAGUUUCGUGGCCGAUGUUCAGACAAACCCUGAUGCUGAAUUGAAUCGUGGACUUUCUCAGACAUCUUUGACUUCUCAGUCUUCACAAAAGAGCAAACGACUGGAACCAGCCGUCAAAAGUGUUCAACGAAAAGCUGUCUUUAACACUAAUGAGCGGUCCCACGAUAGUUUUGUGGCUAAUGUGGGCGAGAACCAAGCCAUUGAACCCAAAAAAGAACCCGUUACACCCAAACUGAAUCAUAUCCAAGCGUUUUCCAGUCCGUAUUCUACCUCAUCUCCACACAAUAGGUCCAUAAGUGAAAGCGUACCUCGAAACUCUCCUUCUACUCCCACCAGAAGGAUCAUCUCAGACUCGGGCAUCGUCAACACCUCUCCUUCCAAUCGAGAUUUGGAUCCAGAAACUCGAACUGCUACGGCUUUAAAGCUUCGUGCGAUGGGCCGUGAUCGCGAAGGUCUGUAUCAAUUGCAAAUUGCAGCGAAUGCUCCUUUUUUCUACCCUAGGGCCAUGUACUUGUAUGCCAUUGCCUUGCACCUUGGCCAGGGUGUGAAACAGAACGAUAGUGGUGCUGCAAAAUGGCUCUGCAAACUGAUUCUUUUGACGGGACAAACCGAGGUUUCUGAGUCGGUAGCCGUUCAAUAUAACGAACAACCGCUUGAAGCUCUCGUGGCACUCGUGGUUUCUUUGGUGAAGCGAGAACCUCCUAUACAACCAUUGGCGCUUUACCGUUAUUUUUCGGAACUUCCUUCGCAUAAACUUUCCAAAAUGAGUACCAAAGAUUCUAUAACUGCUUCCUACCAUGAACUUGGAAUUUUUUUGGUUCAUGGAUAUGGUGUGAAAAAGGAUGAGUCUACUGGUAUGCUCCUCUUGGCAAAAGCUGGCUCCAUGGGCCAUGUUCUGUCGAUGGUGGAGUUGGGAGAAUUGUGGUCGGUGAAGACCAAACAUCAUAGAAAAGAUUACCACCAGGCAGCGGCAUGGUUUCGACUAGGAGAGCUCUUUGGACACAAGUCCAUUGGCAAUAGCUGGAUCUACAAGGACAAGUAUAUGUGA